AUGGCCCAGGAUCCGAGAGCGCACCUCCCGCGGGCGAGCAUGGCGCCGCUCGCGCCGCUGCGCGCCGCCGUCGCCCUGGCGUGCCUGGCGAGCCAGGCCGACGCGGCCAUCCACCAGCGGGCCCUGGCCGCCGCCGGCGGCGCGGCCGGGCGCCGGGAGGCCCUGGGCCGAGCGGUGGCGAACGCCUCCGCCGAGAACGCCACCGAGGGUGAGGGGCCAGUUGCUGGCGCCAACAUCUUCGAGAGCUUCUCGGCGCCCGUCGACAGGAGCGCCAAGGGCACGUACGCCUCCUCGUACAUCUCCGCCCAAGACCGCGUGGGCGUGAAGGGCAACCCCCUGAUCUGGACGAUGGCCGUCGUCUACAGCGGCCUGACGGCCCUCGCCGUCGUGCUCUACGUGGUCUGGUCCGACCACGGGCGCGCCAGGGGGUCCGAGAAGCCGAGGGCGGACAUGGGGCUGCCGGCUGGGUACUGAGG